AUGGGAGCGUACCUGUCCGCACCAGUGCGGGACAAGGAGGAGUUUAGGGGCAGCGACGGCAAGCUGGAGUUCGGCGGUUCCGCGAUGCAGGGGUGGAGACGCACGAUGGAGGAUGCACACUUGGCCAAGACGAGCCUGGCUGGCGACAAGGACGCGGCGAUUUUCGGCGUUUUCGACGGCCACGGGGGCGCUGAGGUCGCGCGCUUCUGCCAGAAGUACAUGGCCGACGAGGUCACGAAGCUCGAGCCGUUCCAGAGGGGCGACAUGGGCGGCUCCCUGGUGCAGGCUUUCCACCGCAUCGACGAAAUGCUCGCGGAGAAGGCGUUCGCCGAGGAACUCAAGGGUAUGCGGGAAGAGGGCGAGGGCAGCGAGGAGGGCGGCGGCGGGGAGGCUUCGGAACCCAAUGCGCUCGACCUGCUGAGGAAGUGGUUCGAGGCGCGGCGCAACGACAACAACGAGAACGGCGACGGCCCGGGCGCCGAGAUGGACCCGGCGAACGACGUCCAGGCCGGCUGCACUGCUGUCGUGGUCCUGGUAAAGGGCAAUGACCUCUACGUGGCGAACGCGGGGGACUCCCGAGCCGUCCUCUGCCGCGGCGGGCAGGCCAUCGCCAUGUCGCACGACCACAAGCCCAGCCAAGAUCGCGAGAAGAGCCGGAUUUACAAUGCGGGCGGCUUCGUGAGCGAGAUUGGCGGCGUUGCGCGCGUGAACGCCAAUCUUAACCUGUCCCGCGCGAUCGGGGACCUGCGGUACAAGACCAACAAGGACCUCCCACCGAAGGACCAGAUCAUCACGGCCGAGCCGGACAUCCAGCACCAGUCCCUCCGCCCCGGGCAGGACGAGUUCGUCGUCAUGGCCUGCGACGGCGUGUGGGACGUCCUCAACAACCAGCAGGUGGUCGAUUUCGUGCGGGAGCGGCUCGGGAAGCCGAAGCCCAGCGGCGGGGUGUACAGCCCGGACGAGGUGUCGUCGCUGCUCCUCGACCGGUGCCUCGCGCAGGACCCGAAGGAGACGCGCGGCGUGGGCUGCGACAACAUGACGUGCGUCAUCGUGAAGUUCAAGUGGUGA